AGGGCGUAGGGCGGAGACCGUCGCGGGUCCCCAGGCGUCUCCGCCGUCUCUUCCACUCUCCGCCAGCUUUCCAAGACAUCUGUCCCGCCCGCAGCCCAUUUCGAUGCUGCGAAAUGGUGAGCGGGGGGCUGUCUGGGGAGGAGCCCAGAGAACGGGAGUUGGGAAUCUGCUGGGAGCCGAGGCCGUCAUCCGGAAAAGGAGCUGUGGCCUGGGUGUUGGCCCCCAGUCCUUCAGGACAGCGCCAGAGGGGAAAGGCUGGACAUUUGGGGAGGGGGAAGGUACAACGGGAUAUCUGUCGGCAGAGCCCUGAGAGGGGUUAAUAGGGGUGGGAAACCUUUGACAACCAGGCCUCUGAAUUAGGAAAGAGUUUCAUGUUCUGGGGACUGGUCGUCCACCAAGCGCUUAGUAGCGGCCGUUUCCCGUCUUUUUGACUGUGGCUGUGUCUUCCUGACUAUGGCUCUGUGUUUAGGGGGUCCGAGCCUCUUCUGGGUUGCCAGUCUUUCCGUAGGUUGGGCACUACGCCAGGCAAGAGAAGAGGAAGGAAAUUAACCCCAAUCGGUGAAGGUCGAUUUGAGGGUCUGCUGUAGCAGGUGGCACCACUUGAAGAGAGGGAGGAAGUUUCCUCGGAUCAGUAGAGGUUAGGGAAGGGGCAGGCUUCUGCAUGUUUUGGAUGGAAUAGAGGUUAAAAAAAAGUCUGACAGCCUGAAUGGUGAAUCAGGAAGGCUACGAAAGUGAACAAUCAAUCCAUCAAGCCCUCAGUUCUCACUGGCUCUGGUUUCUCUGCAGACUAGGAGGGUUGUUGGGCGUGGCACACCUCUAGGGGAGGGAAGAAGGGACAAACUGCCUGUCUGGAGGAGGUCCACCUCCAGUAUCAGCUACUGUGGCCUUGACGUGGCUGAAGACGAUCACUUUCCACAGGCCUGCACGCAGGCCCAUAGCCCUCCUCUCCCAGCCUGACUGAAUACUCUGUUCCUUGGUCCCUGCUAUUGUCAGGGACGAUUGCAUGGGCUACGCCAGGAAAGUAGGCUGGGUGACUGCGGGACUGGUGAUUGGCGCUGGAGCCUGCUAUUGCAUUUAUAGACUGACCCGGGGAAGAAAACAGAACAAGGAGAAAAUGGCUGAGGGUGGGUCUGGGGAUGUGGAUGAUGUUGGGGACUGCCCUGGGGCCCGGUACAAUGACUGGUCUGAUGACGAUGAUGACAGCAGUGACAACAAGGGUAUAGUGUGGUACCCACCUUGGGCCCGGAUUGGGACUGAGGCCGGAACCAGAGCACGGGCCAGAGCAAGGGCCAGAGCUACCCGGGCUCGCAGGGCUGUUCAGAAACGGGCUUCCCCUAAUUCAGACGAUACUAUUUUGUCCCCUCAGGAGCUGCAGAAAGUUCUUUGCUUGGUGGAGAUGUCUGAAAAACCUUAUAUUCUUGAAGCAGCUUUAAUUGCUCUGGGUAACAAUGCUGCUUAUGCAUUUAACAGAGAUAUUAUUCGUGAUCUGGGUGGUCUCCCAAUUGUAGCAAAGAUUCUCAAUACUCGGGAUCCCAUAGUUAAGGAAAAGGCUUUAAUUGUCCUGAAUAACUUGAGUGUGAAUGCUGAAAAUCAGCGCAGGCUUAAGAUAUACAUGAAUCAAGUGUGUGAUGACACAAUCACUUCUCGCUUGAACUCAUCAGUGCAGCUGGCUGGACUGAGAUUGCUUACAAAUAUGACUGUUACUAAUGAGUAUCAGCACAUGCUUGCUAAUUCCAUUUCAGACUUUUUUCGUUUAUUUUCAGCGGGAAACGAAGAAACCAAAUUUCAGGUUUUGAAACUCCUUUUGAAUUUGGCUGAAAAUCCAGCCAUGGCUAGAGAACUGCUCAGGGCCCAAGUGCCAUCUUCGCUUGGUUCCCUCUUUAACAAGAAGGAGAACAAAGAGGUUAUUCUUAAACUUCUGGUCAUAUUUGAGAACAUAAAUGACAAUUUUAAAUGGGAAGAAAAUGAACCUACUCAGAAUCCAUUCAGCGAAGGUUCACUGUUUUUCUUUCUAAAAGAAUUUCAAGUGUCUGCUGACAAGAUUCUGGGGAUAGAAAGUCACCAUGAUUUUUUGGUGAAAGUAAAGGUUGGAAAAUUCAUAGCCAAACUAGCUGAGCAUAUGUUCCCAAAGACCCAGGAAUAACUUCUUGAUUUUGUAGUUUAGAAGCGACACACAUUGUAAACUAUUCCUUUUUCUCCACCUUGUUUAUAUGGUAAAGGAACCCUUUCAGCUGCCAAUUUUGAGUGAUGAAUAUCAUUGUAUCAUCAAUGCCGAUGUUUAGCUGAGUUGGUUUUCAGGUCUAAGCUGGGUGAAUGAACAUCACUACCUGUUCUGAAAACAUGUUUGUUGCUUUUUAUCCCGCUACGUAGAUUGAAAUAUUUCUACUAUUUCUUUUGCGUGACAGUGAACCAGUUGGUCAUAAGUAAGCUCCCUCCUGUCAUUUGCAUUAACUUUGUGUAUCAUCAAUAAAGUUGUGUGUUAAUGUUGAAAAAAAAAGAAAGAAAAAAAAAAGAGACCAUCCUUGUCCUUUGGUUUUAUAAUCUAGUUGGAGAGAUAAGAAAUACGCAAACAAAAAGAUAACAGAAUAUCUGGAGCAUAUACUCAUUGUCAAAUGUGUGUUCUCAGAGCAUAGAGGAAGCAAAGGCUUCUGGGGGAUGUAACAGUCAGCUAUAGAUUCCUGGAGGAAGCGACCAACAAAAGUAAGUCCAGAAUAGGGUAAGUCGUUAGGCUUUCCAAGAGUGGGAGUGCGGGGACACUAGGCUGAGAAAGGCAUGGAGGUAGGAACCCUUUUCCUAUGACAGUCUACUUAGAGUGGAGGGGAAUGGAAGUUUGGAAAGCUGAGUGAAGUCAGUUUGUGCAGAGCUGUUGGAAUAUUAUCCCACAGAACACCAAGAGCCAUUAAAUAUUUUUGACUAGAAAGGAUAAUUGGAAUUCAUAUAGCAGUCUCUCUCUCACCAGCUGUGCAGUGUCUACAAGGGUGUGGAGAAAUGGAUCCUACCAAACUCUGGUGGUAGGAAUGAGUUUACACUGAGUUUGUACGGGUUUGUGGCAGGCUAUUUGGUAAUACAGAUAUAAGCCUUAAAGUAUGUAAACCCUUUGUCCUGAGGAAAUAAUUGAAUAAUUGGCUAAAGACUGUUUGGACAAGGCUAUUCAUCCCAGCACUGUCCAAAACAGUAAGAAUUGGAAGCAACCUAAGUGUCUAACACACUGGAUUGCUUCAAUAAAUUAAGGAACAUUCACAUAGUAUAUAACUAUGUUGAGUCAAAUCCAUAUUGCCAGGAAAAGAUAUUCUGCAUUGUUCAAUGAGAAAGGUAGGUUAGAUAGCAGUGUUCAUCGAAAGAUUCAUUUCUUUUUGAAGAUAGUAAAACAUUUUAAGGUAGACACAACUAUGGAAUUAUAGUUGUCCAAACAGUAGCUGGUAUAUUUGAGUGGAAGGAUAAUUAGUGAUAUUUACCUUUUUGCUUUUUAUUCAUCUGUGUGUUAUUUGUAUAAAAUGAACAUUGUUUUGGGGGAAAUUUUUGAAAAAGGAAGUGUUGGGAAUGAAGCAGGUGGGUAGUACAUGUGCUGAGUAGAAAACAAUUGAGAUUAAAAAUGAGAUGGGUUGAAGUUUCUCUCUGCAAUGCUGGAUGAGUGAUGAAGAUGGGGUUUGUCAUAAAGGUUAAAUUGAAUAAUACAUGCAAAAUACUUCGAAUGUUCUGGUACAGAGCAGUUAAUUAAGAAAAAUGAGCACCUUUAUUUCCCUAGAAUGCCGGGUUGAUAGUUUUUUUUUUUUUUUUUUUUUUUGGUUGACCUUUGUUUUGCUGGGGGAAUUCUGCCAUGUGUCAGUGUCAUUUAAUAAAUAAUAACAAUAAAGGUUAGCAUUUAUUAAG